CAUCCAGUGAGCUCCCUUCCAGCACCAGGCAAAGCUCCUGGGUUGUCACUGCGUUGGCAGCACCCCCUCCCCAAUCUCAUUAUCUGCCACACUCUGUGCUCAUAGGAACCGGUUCAGACUGGACUGAUGUCAGCCAGACAAAGGAGGUAAAGCGGGUGGAGGAGGAGGAGGAGGACGCAAUAAAUAGGAGAUACAAAGCUGAAAAAAAAAACUAUUGCUUUCACUGACUACACUGAGCUGUAUGAGAGAGCAGGAGGGAGUAGCUGGAAGUCCUGUGCUGGUUGUCAUUGUCACCACUUUGACAGUUGAAGCCUGCCACCUAAUGAGAUCCUCUCUGCUAGCAGUAUGCACACAGAUCUAAAUGAUGAUCUCUGAAAACAUUUGGAAGACCAAAGUCAUCUAAAUCGGUAUCUAAUUUUAGACUGACACUCUUCACAAUGUAUCAGAAGCCACCAGAUGGAGGAUGGGGCUGGAUCAUUGUCACUGCGUCGUUCUUUAUUCAGUUCCUGUGCUAUGGUUCUCCACUGGCUGUCGGUGUCUUGUACGUGGAAUGGUUAGAUGUCUUUGAUGAAGGAAAAGGGAAGACUGCAUGGGUUGGGUCACUUGCUGCUGGAGUGGGACUGCUUGCAAGUCCCCUGUGUAGCGCUUGUGUCUCUUCUCUUGGCGCUCGACCAGUUGCCAUUUUCAGUGGUUUCUUGAUAGGCGCGGGUCUGAUAUUGAGCAGCUUUGCGUCAAAUAUUUACUUCCUUUAUUUUUCAUAUGGAUUUAUGGUUGGUUUUGGGUGCGGCUUAUUGUACACGGCCACGGUGACUGCAACCUGCCAGUAUUUUGAAAAGCGACGAGGACUUGCACUUGGAAUUGUUUCAACAGGUUCUAGCGUUGGAACCUUUAUAUAUGCAAGUCUGCAGAAAGAGUUGAUAUCUUUCUAUGGAAUCGAUGGCUGUUUGCUGAUUAUUGGGGCUCUGUCAUUGAAUAUAUUGGCAUGUGGAAUUCUGAUGAGGCCCUUACCAGAAGUAUCAAGCAAUAGACCAGAGAAAGCAGACAUAGAGAAAAUUCCAGAUACCUACCUCAUUUAUCAUGAAAAAGAACUCGACACUGAGGAACAGCUGGGGAUGCUUGCGAAAUCCCAUACAUUAAAUGGGAACUGCAAAUCUCAAGAUACUAAGACUAGAAAAACUCAGCUCGAUAUAGAAAUGGUUAACAUCAACCAUGGAACUGCAGAGAAACAAAGCUGCAAACAGUUCAUUAAAAACAAGUUCCACAGCUACCUGGAUUAUUGGGAGGAAACGCAAAACCUGUUCAAAAACAAAGUGUUUGCCGCUCUUUUCAUAAACAUUCUGCUGUUUGACAUAGGGGGGUUUCCUCCAGGAUUUCUUUUGGAAGAUGUAGCCAAAAGUGCCAAUAUUAGUAAAGAAGAGAUGGCAGUGCCCCUAGUUUUCAUCCUUGGUAUCAUGAUGGCCAUCGGCAAGCUCAUCUUAGGUAUCCUGGCUGAUUUUAAGUGGAUAAAUUCUUUAUAUCUCUACGUCUUUACUAUAGGGGCAACAGGCUUGGCUGUACUUGCAGUCCCUUUUGCCAAGACAUAUGCCACCCUGGCUAUUAUUGCUGGCACAGUAGGAUUUUUUACUGGCAAUUGGUCAAUAUUUCCAUACGUAACAACAAAUACUGUUGGCCUAGAUAAACUCACUCACGCCUAUGGGAUACUGAUGUUCUUUGCGGGUGUCGGAAAUUGCUUUGGACCACCUAUAGUUGGUUGGUUCUUUGACUGGACCGGGACGUAUGAUAUUGCCUUUUUCUUUUGCGGCAUUUCUGUUCUUUUGGGUGGACUUUCCUUGUUGCUUGUGGCACUGCCAUGUUGGAAGAACUGUGGAACAAAUAAGUCAGAGCCGUUUUCAAAGAGUUACUCUUAUAAAGUAGCUGCAACUGCCUGACGGACUGAAGAACAAUGUCUUAUUGUUAAAGAAUUAGUGCUAAUAUACCUUCAUGCUGGCCUCGUACUACUGUAUUAGCAUCUAUAGGAUUUUUUUUACCUGUGUGCCUGGACAAGCAAGAUUUCUAUGACUGCCCCAGCUUGUGCCUUUUUUUUAGCUAAAUUCUGAUUACAGAUCCUGCUGCAGGCAUCAGGUGAUGUCAGGAAACCACCACCAUAGUCCACGAGCAUAGGAAUUGAGGAGCAGACUGUUUGCUAUAAUGCUCUGUGGCAGUUCCACAAAAAAAAGGAAGGCUGCGAAGGUUAUGGGGUAGACAUUGCAACAGAGAGCUAGCAAACAUCUGGGAUUGUUGGUGCUUUUUAUAUACAACAGAUUGUUGUGCUUUUCCUGCAAUACAUCAUGACAGUUUAUUUAGAUAAAAACGAAAAAAUCAAUACAGUGUUUUCUCAGCUUGAAAUACUUAUGCCUCUAUCUCAGAAGGCAUCUUCUCAGGAAAUGUUUAUAUUUAACCAGUACCAUACUUUUAUCUUAAUUCCUGCCACUCCUUGGAUUAAAUGCUGACAUUUUUUCUUUUUAAUUUGUGAUGCAAUACAAAUAUUUUAUAGAUGAGAAGAAAGAAAAUUCAUGUCAGUACUAUCUGAAUCAUGUCUGCCCUUUUGGACUAACAUUUUUCUAAACUCUCAGAAAAGGUCUGAGGCCAGGGACCACCUAAAAAACACCUUAUUUACUGUAUAUCAGGUAUCUGCAAUAAUCUUCUUAGGCCUUGUACACACGACCAAGAAACUCGACAGAAUCCAUCAAGAAACUU